ACAUCCCGAAACAGAAUACUCUUUGAAAUUGCUUCAGCACCGUCGCAGCAUCUCUUAAAAAAUACAUUAUUAAUUAAUGGAACAACACUGUUGGUUCUUUAUCGCGUUGCCCAUAAUUUAGCAAAAACGUGUCGCUUUGUUGUCCUCAGUUAUACAUUAGGCUCGAAAAGUUUCACAGUAAUGGCGGACAUGUCAUGAAGGUUCCAGGACAGAGCGGUGUUACAAUGGAAGAUCCUUCGUCACAAAACCAUAACGGGCAGCUGGGUCCUUCUGCUGGUGGCUUUUGCGCUGAGAAUAAACAGAGUGACGAAGGGAACCAAAGAAUUCAGUAUUCAAUACCCGGUAUACUCCAUUUUAUUCAACAUGAAUGGGCUCGCUUCGAGAUGGAACGGUCGCAGUGGGAGGUGGAUCGAGCUGAAUUACAGGCAAGGAUAGCAUUUUUACAAGGGGAACGAAAGGGACAAGAAAAUCUUAAAAAUGAUCUGGUACGCCGAAUCAAGAUGUUGGAAUAUGUCCUCAAGCAAGAAAGAGCCAAAUUCCACAAACUGAAGUAUGGCACGGAACUACAGCAGGGUGACAUGAAGCCUCCAGUGUUUGAUGAACCUGGUGUGGCAGAAAUGCCAGUAGAUGGAGAGUCACCUUUCACAUCUGUCAGUAACAUUAGUUGGCGUCAGGGACGACAACUAUUAAGGCAAUACUUACAGGAAAUUGGCUACACUGACACAAUUAUUGAUGUACGGUCAAAUCGUGUCCGUUCUCUUCUUGGAUUGAACAACAAUGCAGAAGCUGAAGAAAACCUGAAUAAUGCCCAACCCGUCUCAACUACUCUCAAUGGAAAUGAACCAGCUAAAACAGGCAAAAAAUCACAGCAACAUUCUUCACUGACAGAAGCUAUGAUCUUGGACACUGAGGCAGCGGUUAUGGCAAACUUUGAAUUCCUAGCCCAAGCUGAUGUAGAUCUUGAUGAUGAUGAAGAUAUGAGUGAUGAUCUAGAUGAUCAAGGUGAUGAUGAUCAAGAUGAUGUCAAAACAGCGAGACGGAAAGGAAAGGGCAAUGAUGGUCUUGGUGAUGAUGUUGAUGCUGAGGCUCAAAUAGUGUUGAAUGAACUCAUACAUCUUACGGAGACAGAAGAUAAUACUGAUGGACGCCAUCAAUCGGAAUCUGCUGAAUGGGGAUCAGGAAUGGGAUUUCAGUCUGGAGGUGGUCCCCGAAGGCAGAUGGGGUUCAUCACGGACGAAGAAGCCCCUGAUUCAACCCUGGGCCUAGGAGAAUUAGCACAACUAACUGUUAGCAAUGAAGCUGAGCAAUUUGGGCCCUUAGCAUCAACAAAGGAGUUUCGGAAGCAAUGGGAUGCCAAAUACACUCUCCGCAGUCAUUUCGACAGUGUCAGAGCCUUAGCAUUUCAUCCUGUGGAGCCUGUAUUGAUUACUGCCAGUGAAGACAAUACCUUGAAAUUGUGGAACCUUCUGAAGACUGUUCCUGCAAAGAAAUCUGCAUCAUUAGAUGUUGAACCCCUCUAUACGUUCCGAUGCCAUACUGGCCCAGUUCUUUGUUUAGCCAUGAGCUCAACAGGAGAACAGUGCUACAGUGGUGGAGUAGAUGGAAAUAUCUUCUGCUGGAACCUUCCUAAUCCUAACAUUGAUCCCUAUGAUAGUUUUGAUCCCAAUGUUUUAAUGUGCAACUUGGAGGACCAUACAGAUGCGGUUUGGGGGCUUAGUAUACACAAGCAAAGACCACAGCUUUUGUCAUGUUCAGCCGAUGGCACUGUUAAAUUGUGGUCGCCUCAAAGCAAAAUCCCCCUUCUUUCUACGUAUUCGUCUGAACAAGAUGGUAUUCCAACAUCUGUUGAUUUUGUUCGAGAUGAGCCUAAUCGAAUGGUUGCAGCUUUCUCAUCAUCCCACUGUGUUAUUUAUGACCUAGAAACUGCCAAACCUGUUGUACGGCUUGAAUCCAGUCAGGAGGUUCUCAACAAUGUUGUCGGGAGACAAAUUAAUCGGGUGGUGGCACAUCCCACUCUGCCUCUGACAAUCACUGCACAUGAUGACCGCCAUAUUCGAUUCUAUGACAACACUUCAGGGAAGCUUGUCCAUUCUAUGGUUGCUCAUCUAGAUGCUGUUACCAGCCUGGCAGUCGAUCCCAAUGGUCUAUACCUUCUAUCUGGAAGUCAUGACUGUAGUAUCAGACUUUGGAAUGUUGAUAACAAAACUUGUGUACAAGAGAUAACUGCUCACAGGAAGAAGUUUGAUGAAAGUAUUCUGGAUGUAGCCUUCCAUCCAUCUCGACCAUACAUAGCAAGUGCGGGAUCUGAUGCCCUUGCUAAAGUGUUUGGGUGAGCUGGUAAUAGAUAAUAAAAUUAAAAAGGUUCGCCUGCACAAAAUGAGUUUGCAGUUUUGUUGCUUAUGGAUGUUUGUCUCAAUCCAUUUGCAUCUAAAACUUAUGUUCAAAUGCGCCAGGACCCCGCCACUCCAAAACUAGUCAAGCUGUGAGGUGUUUAAUAUUGAGAUGUACCUACGAUUCUUUUAAUAUAAACUGAAGGAACAGCUGUUUAGAUAUUUUUAAAGUAAAAGUGUAGUUAUUUUCCUAUUUAGAUUUCCUUGGUGGGAAACAUUUCAGAGACUCUGAGAUGCCAAGGGGCCUAAAUAAUAUUACAAUGAACUUUUAGGUCUUUUUGCUCAAAACUGAAAUCAGCCUAUUUGGAAGCACAUGCUCUCAGAUCUUUAUUUUGAAUUGUGAUGAUUUUUUUUGCUUGUUAAAUAGUGUGACAAUGGGUUUUCAUGUUUCUUUGAAUAGAUUUCACCCUGUUUGAUGAUAGGGUAAAGGUGUGGACUGUAAUUUUUUUUAAAUCAUUAGCUGUACUGAAAUAAUAACAAUAAAAUUAUCCUUGUCGGAGGAAUCUUAAUGGACCCCUUCUAAUCACAGACUAUUGGGUUAAAUGCGUCAAUCACUUCUUCAAGCUGAAUUCAAUGCAUGGAAGUCAUGAGUUGUCUGUUAUGCAUGCCUAUAUUUCCUAGGGAAUCAAUUGUUUCUUUGAAGCUGUCUAAUUACUUAACUGGUUGUUUCAUCAGUUUUUAACACCUCAGCUUAUGAUAAAGACAAUUACAAGCAUACCUAAGGUAUUAUACAUGGCUAGUCAUACCACUACAACUUAAAUCUUUAUGUAAAUAUGGGUCUGGGCAAGUUUUUGACUGAGUAUGAAAGUAUCUGUCAAUUGGAAAGUGGUACUGUUUGGUGGUGGCGUGCUGCAGUGGUGGCGGGGUUCAGCGUUUUAGAAUCCCACCCUGUCCUCACUCAUUUUUUGAUUUUCUAUAUGUUCUGCAAUGAACCUGUCCAAUUUUCCCUUCUUGUUCCCCCUACAUGAGAGGCCCAUUUAAAUUAUGUUUGCAACUCUUUGUUAUACAAAAUGUUAGAUUGAUCUUGAAUUUUGAAGUGAAUGCAAUACUUUAAUAUAACACUUUUCCUUUAUGGGACUUUACUGAAUAAUUUACUCCUUAGGUUCCUGAGACAUUUUCACUAAUGUCGACUGUCAGUUGAUGUCUCCAGACGCAACCCUGAUUCUUUUUACAAACUGUAAUUUCAUAGACUUGCUUCUGGAUGAUAUUGUAAUUUCCUCCCCACCUCCCUUGCCCCUCCCAUUUUUUAAUUUUUAUUGUUUUUGUAUCUUGUGUGUGUUGUAUUGUAUCCAGGGCAUUCUUACAUCCCUAAUAAAUCAGCAAUGUUAUAGAUUAGAGAGAGAAAUAUUGAGUAAAUGGUUUGACAGUUCCGAGAAUACCUUAAAAUUUAUGGUAAGAAAACCAUUAAUCGAAGCUUUAGGUAUCCUUUAUCAUUGAUUUCGAUUCAGGCUAAUGUGUGCUUCACUCAAGUUCUUGGUGAUUUUGUUUGCAUUUAAUGAAAUAGAAGUACCCAUUUCCUUUGGCCCAAGGGUGAAGCUUUAUUAUCAGUGUCUCAAACCUGAAAUUCACGAGUGCUGUGAGAAAGUGGUCUACCAAAUUGUCUAGUCAGCGAACAUUUCUUGUUUUAAAUUUCAGUCGAGCUUACUUUGCCUUCAGUGGCAUAAAGAAUAGUAACCUCUGCAUUUACCAAAAUCAAUUUGCUGGAAUCUCCCAGUUAUGGACAAUUCCAUUACCCUUAUAACUAUAUAUUAUUUGAGAACAUUUUGUGCUUAUUUUAUUUCUGACUGACACAAACAUAUGCUGUGACCUUUAAACAAUGUUGCUAAACUCUUUGAUACAAAUAUACCAUAAAACUGUUUCCCGAAAGCUAGCAGUUUGCUGACCAAUCAUGAAAAUCAGUCACUGUAGAAAAGACAGCAGGUAUUUUUAAAUAGUGUAUCUUCCUGUUCUCUUCUUUUCUAAAUGUUGUGCCAUACUUCCCCCAAACUAUUAGUUAUGAGUAAUGUUAACUUAUGCAUGAUGCACUAUUUGAAAAUCACAAAAAAAAUUAAAAUGGAUUAAUAUUGCAUAUAUAGUUAUCAUUUGCUCUUAUGAGGCAUUUGGUUUCUUUGAAUAUUGAUCUUCAGAUGGCACUUAAAUAAGGUUGGUAAGGUAACUUACUGUCAUAUCACAUGUAUUGAAUGCAUCUCUGUGUGGCAUUGGUGGGUGUAACAGUGUACCACCUACAAUUCAAACUGAUAUGAUGUAAUCUGUAAGGGAAUAAUAAUUUUUAGAGUUACCCUUAAGUCUUUAUUUUAAAUUUAUACCCUUAUCUACCAUUUCACAGAGACAUAAAACCUGGCCUCAAAGUGAACUUAUUUACAUAUUAAUUCUAAUGACAAUUUUUGUUCAGCAAUCCAUUUAAAACCUUCAGGGUCCAUGUAGAAAGUGCUGAUAAUUUGCUUCAAAUGGACAUAAUUACAGACUGGUAUUUCAGCAAAUGUCUCUGCACUUAAUUUCUUUCAGUCUACCCCUUUUUUUUUUUGAACAACUACUUGAGAAAUGGAAUCUCUUCCCAUGCCUGAGGAAGUUCUCUCUCCUAUUAGGUGUAGAAAAUUAUUGUUUGGCCCUUUUGUUAAAAAAAAAUUAGUCACAGGUUGUGAAAUUUCAAAAUUUAAGAGGGGUACAACUAAUUGUUAACAGUGGAUCUUUUGCAAAAGUGAUUAGACUGAUUUACUGACAUUUCUCAAUCCGACUUGUUCCUCUUGAUGAUGUCAAAACUUGCCCUAUUUAGCUGAAUCAAAGUCUAGUGUAAAUCCUUUUUUUUUUUUUUUGUUUGUUAUGUUUGAACUUAGAGCUAUGGUUAAGUUUUCUUUCUGAUAUUGUCACAUUCUAUAUAUUCCCGAAUCAAACUUUGGUUGAUGCCUGUUUAAUGAAGGUCUGUGGUAGUUGUAUGACAAUGCUAUAUAUACAUAUAUAAAUAUAUAUUAUACACCCUUGUAUAGAAACAAUGGAUUUAUGUAAAGUUUGGUAGCAAACGAAAUACUUCUAACACCAGAGUGCAUGGUAGUCUCCACUGGAAUGAAGUGAUGAUGUGAGGAAACACAUAAAUUUCUUAUAACUUGAGUUGUGUAUCAUGUAAAUUAUUGUAUGUACAGGAGGACUACGAUCUAGUUGCUAAGUAUUAUUAUUAUGGAACUGUAUUAUCUACUUAUUUAAUUUUCAUAUGCUUCUUUUAAUUUUUGAAUAAAUUUUGCUUUUUCAUCCCUA